AUGUUGAAGACAAGCUCUACUUCAUCUCUCGCUCGUGGCUCACACCUGAGGAUCCAUAACUCCUCCAUCAUGAUGAAGCAAUUCUUCACAACAGCAUCAUCAUCGUCCUCCAAUCCUCAACAUUCCAUUCGUUUUGCUUCAUCCUCCUCCUCUGCAACAAGAGAGAUGAUCUCUUCCAGAACUCUACCUCCGAAAUUCGAUAUUGAAGAAACGUUAAAAGCACAAACACAAAUUUAUGAACGAUUGAAACAAGAUCAACAACAAGCCUUGACCUAUGCUCAGAAAAUUCUAAAGGCUCACUUGUUUGAUUAUCAAAAGCAUGUUGCUCAUCAAUUGUUUGAUUGUAGUAACAACAACAGUACUAGUAGUGAUGGUACUAGCAAGGAACAGUAUCUAUCAUUUCGUCCUGAUCGAGUGGCUCUUCAAGAUGCAAGUGCUCAAACAGCCAUUUUGCAAUUUUUGACCACCGGAUUAGGAACAACACAAACCCCAACCACCGUUCAUUGUGAUCACUUAAUUGUUGGUGAGAGUUCAUUACAAAGUAGUAGUACAAUAUCUCAGAAAAAGGAAACACUUGCAAAAAAAGAUAUUGAAAAAGCCUAUGAAGAGAGUGGUGAGGUUUUCAAUUUUCUUGAAUCAGCCUCUCAAGCUUUGGGUUUGGGUUUCUGGAAACCUGGAUCUGGAAUUAUUCAUCAAAUUGUUUUAGAAAAUUAUGCAUUUCCUGGAGGAAUGAUGGUUGGAUGUGACAGCCAUACUCCAAAUGCAGGUGGAUUGGGAAUGAUUGCGAUUGGUGUUGGUGGUGCUGAUGCAGUUGAUGUCAUGAGUGCAAUUCCUUGGGAGUUAAAACGUCCAAAGAUUUUAGGAGUCAAGUUGACUGGUAAAUUAAGUGAAUGGACAAGUGCUAAAGAUGUGAUUUUAAAAUUAACUGGAAUGUUGACAGUCAAGGGUGGUACUGGAUACAUUAUUGAAUAUUUUGGAGAAGGUGUCGAUUCUUUAUCUUGUACUGGUAUGGCAACCAUUUGUAAUAUGGGUGCUGAGGUUGGUGCCACAACUUCCAUAUUUCCCUACACGAAAGCCAUGUCGAGGUAUUUGAGAGCAACGAACCGUGCAUCCAUUGCUGACAUGGCAGACAAAUUUGCAAACUAUUUGAAAGCAGAUGAAGAUGCCAAUUAUGAUCAAGUCAUUGAAAUCAAUUUGAGUGAAUUGGAACCAAUGAUUAAUGGUCCAUCCACUCCUGAUCGUUCCUUCCCUAUCUCUCAAUUUGCAGAUCAAGUCAAAACACAGGAAUGGGUUCCUGAACUUGGUGCAGCAUUGAUUGGAUCCUGUACCAAUAGUUCAUAUCAAGAUUUAACAUGUGCUGCAUCCAUUGCAAAACAAGCCAUUGCUCAUGGUUUGAAGAGCAAAUCUCAGCUCUUUAUUAGUCCAGGUUCAGAACAAAUAUUUGCGACCAUGAAGAGAGAUGGUUUGUUGGAUGUCUUUGAACAAGCUGGUGCUAAAAUUUUAGCAAAUGCAUGUGGACCUUGUAUUGGUCAAUGGAACAGAACUGAUCACAAAGGAAAGAAGAAUUCCAUCGUUUCAUCUUUUAAUAGAAAUUUCACAGGUAGAAAUGAUGGAAAUUUAUUGACCAGUCACUUUUUAACCUCUCCCAUGUUGGUCAUGUCGAUGGCCUUUGCUGGUAGAAUUGAUUUUAAUCCACUCACAGAUUCUUUGAUUGGUUCGGAUGGGAGAGAAUUUAAAUUUGUUCCUCCUCAAAGUGAAGAGUUACCAUCCAGAGGAUUUGAACCAUCGAUCGACACACAACACUCCUGUACAGGAGGAUAUUUGGAACCUCUUCCUUUCAAUGAACGAACAACAGUCAAGAUCAAUAUUGAUCCAAAGAGUGAUCGUCUGCAAUUCUUAAAACCUUUUCAUGAAUGGGACAAGAAAGAUUUUAUUGAUCUACCCGUUCUGAUUAAGGUUGUUGGAAAGUGUACGACUGAUCAUAUUUCACCUGCAGGUAAAUGGUUGAACUAUAAGGGUCAUUUGGAAAAUAUUAGUAAUUGCACCCUUAUUGGAGCUAUGAAUGCCAUGAACCAUAAGAUCAAUUGUGUCAAGAAUAUCUUCACAGGAAAAGAAGAUACUGUUCCUGAAGUUGCAAAACAAUAUCAAAGAGAACACAAAACAUCUUGGAUCGUGAUUGGAGAAGAAAAUUAUGGUGAGGGCAGUGCAAGAGAACAUGCAGCCCUUCAACCUAGAUUCCUUGGAUGUAAGGCAAUCAUUACAAAAAGUUUUGCUCGAAUUCACGAAACAAAUUUAAAGAAACAAGGUAUUUUGCCUUUAACCUUUGUCAACCCAUCUGAUUAUGAUCUUAUUAAUCCUGAGACUGAUAUCAUUUCCAUUACAGGAGUCACAACGUUAGCACCAAAUUCAAAAUUAAUGUUAACUGUUAAAGGAAAACCACACAUUCAAAUUCCUCUUCAACACACAAUGAAUGAAACCCAAAUUGAAUGGUUUAAGGCAGGUAGUGCCAUCAAUUGGAUACGUAGAAAGAAUGAACAUUUAUUGAACGAGUAA